AUGAAUCGAAACGCAAAUCGAGACUCUCAAGACAAGGGAUCGCGCCCCGUGGGCAUCACGGGCAGGGCCGUAUUUGGAUUUCUCGAUUUUGUCACGGGCCGUGGUAAGCAAGCCCAAUGGUCAACAAGCUCAAAAUCCAGUCGCAACUUUCGUCAACCAUCUCCCAAUACAAGAAUCAAGAGCAUCUACCAACCUCCACCAAUCACCCCUUCCCGAGUCAAGAGACCUCGAUCUCUUACUCCGACUCCUUCGACCGAGAGAUUCUUCAGCUAUGAUGAGCAGAACCAGUCUUCGCUAUUCAAACUCCCUCCAGCAGCGUUUGCUUUACUCUAUCAGUAUCUUCUCGGUGACAGGCUCAUUCAUAUUGUGGUUUCAAACGACGGCCUUCGACACAGUCGAUGCCAAGUCGAACUUCCGAACCAUCACGACGAAUGUCACGAACAGCGCUGCCGAGGGCUCAAGCUCCCUUCCGGUCUCUAUACCGACCGUUCUCAAGUCCAAGACAACUUCCUCCCUCUACUUCAGACAUGUAGAAAGAUCUAUUCUUCAGCAAUUCACGUCCUUUACAAGAGUAACAUCUUCGACUUCGAUAGUAUGGAAUCGCUCCUUCGCCUUUCCACUACUAUCCUUCCGCAGCGCUUUGAUAGCAUCCAGCGUCUGUCUCUGGAUUUUCGCUUUAAGGCUUCGUUCAGAUUCGGUCAAGGCACGCCGUCUACAGAUUGGCCGCGGUGGGAGCGGUUGUGGAGAGUGAUCGGUAGUAUGGAGGGGUUGCAGGAGGUGUGGGUCAGGAUCGAGUGGCAUAAAGAGGACGUCGGGCUGGUGAAGGAGAGAAUGUGGCUGGAUGAGCUGAGUAUGGUGAAGCGACUGAAGACCUUCGAGGUCGAACUGCCCGGCCUGAAGGAACAUGAGGUUCUCGUCGAUGAGAGCUUUCGGAGGCUGCAUGGGGAGUGGGAGUUUGUUGUUAGGAGGCGAGAUGCCUAG